AUGGCCGGCCGCCCACCGCCGCUGCCGGCGCCGCGGCUUCGGAGUGCAGCACACGGAGCCGAUUCCGACAACGAUGACAGCAGCCCAAAAAGCCAGCAAGCAGGCAUUCGCCAUGACGACUCGACGGAGGCAAGCGAACAUGCGAUCGAAGCACACGAGCAGCAGCCUUCUGCCGACUGCAGCCGGGGUGACGCGGCACACGGAGGCCAAGGCCGGAACGGGUAUCGGAGGCCGUCACCAACUCGGCGGGUCCCAGACGCCGCCGACGAAGUGCUCCUCAGACCCGGCGAGCUCGCCUGCAAGAAGAGCCAGGGUACCGUGAAGCUCUACGUAGAGGCCGCUCCAGGUCACUUUAGGGUUGUGGAGGCAGCCGCGGGUCGGUCGAGCAGUGAACGAACGCUUCUUCGGCACCGCGGCAGCACGGCGACGUUGCAGCGUGGCUGCGCGUGCCUGGGCUACUGGGCUCAGGGACUCUUGGCAGGGCUGGAGCUCUGGCAGACAGCGGCCACCUUGCAGGAGGGCGCCGAGCUGGAGCCGCCAGUGCUCAGCAUUCUCGCCUACCUGCUGGGCGCCGUGGGCCUCGUCUCAACGCUGGACAGGCUCGAGCAGCGCCGUCGACCGGCCGCCUUGGCGGCGGCAGUGCUUUACGCCGCCUCGCUGCUGCUCCACUUGGCCAUGCACCGGCUGGACUCCACUGCACCGCCGGGAUACCCGCAGGACCGUCGGUGGCCGCAGGAGCCCAGGUGGCGCCACGUGUGCCUGGCACGCAGUGUCGCACCCCUGCUUGCCUGGACGCUGCUCUCGCUAGGACAGGAAACCAGGCAACGAUCACCAUGAAGCCUGGCCCAACGAGGGGGAAACGGCAGGGUUUCACACUGCACCACCUGUAGACGUGGCAUGCGUGCCCGAGAGGCUGCACAUAAGUUGAUGCGUCCGUGUGUGGACGUGCAUGACCCUGGGCAGCGGUCAUCAUCUCCUUUAAACAUGGUGCCGAACGCAGGCCUUCCGCAGGUACCUCGCUAUUGCACGUCCGUUGAUUAUUUCCCAUCAAUGCUUGUUCAUUCCUUAUAGGACUGACCUGACUAAACCUCAGAACCUUUAGAGCGACUACCUCAAUUACACCGCCCGAAAGCACCGACGCCCUGUUUCGACGAAGGAGCCAUCCUUUCCACCAAUAAUAUGUUAUUAAGUCAUUCACUCAAAAUGUCCUCACCUCAUUAAUACAGUGCCAUCCACGACUACCUUUCUCUUCCUUCGAAUAGGUGGUGUCCGCGCCGUCUACGACAUAUUUGUUCAGGCGUUGUCGAGUCUCAUUCCCGUAAGCCCAUAUCAACGCUUGUUUUCGUGCUCACAUGCAAAAAGCCGCAUUCACUUUACUGCAUUCAUUUGAA